AUGGCCCCGAAGAAGGGCAAGCCGUCUGUCCCUGCAUCUCGUUCACCUACCCCGACAGCCGCUGGGUCUGGUGCGGCCGCGGUCAACGCGAAGACCAAAGGUGCGGCAAAAGCGAAGGGCAAGGCCAAGGCCAAAGCGACGGCAGCACCUUCGCCUGAGGAGGCAGCGGCGCUUCGCUUGCAAAGCCUGGCUCGGGGAUUCCUGGCCCGCCGCGCGGCGCGGCGCCUGCACGAGGAGAGGCAGCGCCAGGAUGCCGAGCUCGCUGCCGCGGUGCGCGCGGCGGAGCUCGCCGCGCUGCAGGUGGAGCGGCGCAAGGCCGAGGCAGAGAGGGCCAAGCAGGAGGAGAAGCGGAAGAAGGCACAAAAGCUGUUGGCUGACACGAAAGCUGCCUUGGAAGCAGCUUUUGACGGCGAUGUCGAUGUGCUCGCGAAGUUGCUCAACUCAGGCCUCCCCGUUGACGCAGCCAAUGCCGCCGGCAUCACGGCCUUGAGCGAGGCCUCCGCGGCAGGCAAGGCAGAGACGGCGCAGCUGCUCCUGGACAGAAAGGCCAACCCCAAUACGCGGGGAGAGUUCAGCAGAACACCUCUUUGGAGAGCCGCAUACAGCAGGCAGAGCGAUCUUGUUCCCUUGCUGCUCGAAGCCGGCGGUGAUCCGAGGCUGAGAGACGACGACGGGCAGACUCCUGCUGAUGUUUGUGCCCAGGACGAGCUGUGCGAGCUCUUGGCUGCCUGGGAUGUAUCUCGCACAGAUGAGCUCGUGGAGGACUUUCAAGAAUGGGCGGCCGAGCUCCAGCGCCAGGAGCAGCACCGGCAACGGGAGGCCAUGAGAUCCGUGGAGGAAGCCUUUGAGGCUGCUGCCAAAGCCUACGAGGCUGCCCAGAUGAUUCUGGCCAAGGCCAAGGCGCAGAUGCGGAAUCGUGAAAAAGAGUAUGGAAUGAAGCUGGCUGCGGGCCACAAGGAUGCCAUGGAGGCCUGUGCUUCCGCGGACGCAGCCCUGCAGCGAGCAGAGGCCGAUGCCGCGACCGCUCAGCAUGACUUCGACCAGGCCCAGCGCCAGCGCCUCGCGGCGGCAGAGGCAGCAGGCGCCGAGGUCGCCGCCGGCCCCGGGCGGUCGGUUCCAGUGCCGGAGCUCAACAACGUUCUGCUGCGAGACCUUGGCGAGCGCAUCGCCCAAGGUGGCCGAUGGCCGCUGGUGCUCGACCCCGGGGACAUUGCGCAGAAGCUCAUCCAGUAUUCGGGAUCAUCACUCCUGAAUUUCUUCCGCUCUGGUGACAUGGAGCCAGAGCGCAUCAGGGUCGCUCUCCUGACGAUGCUCCGUGGUGGUGGCGUUCUUGCCGUGGAUCUGCACAACUUCGGAGCGGGAGUGGCACUAGAUCUACUCUCCCAGCCCUUCGAGAACGUGCGGGAGAAUCUCUUCCAAGACAUUUGCAGCCGGGCACUGCUGCAAGUCCCCAAAGGCAAGCGCAUGCCAAACUUCUACGAUCUGGUCACGAAGGAGGAGCGACAGGAACGCUUCAAAGCCCAAAUGUUCGACGACAAGAUGAUUGCAAGGUUCAAGUUCAUGGUCCUCACGUCGACAGAGCUGCCGCACAAAGACUUGCUGGAGCACUUUGACGUACGUGGCAGCGAAGAUGAAGGAAAUGGCAUCCACCGCCAGGAGCCGGGAAACUCUGCCGGUGCUGCAGAGGCAUCGCAGCCGGCUUCGCCUGUGGAUGAGGCCGUCGCCAACACAGAUGCCAACCGCAGCCCAUGUGGGCAACUCUCUCUGAGGCAGGAAGCUUCGAUCUCCAAGUCUCCCGCCGCGGCCGAGGCCCAGGCCGGGGCUGGGACUUUCUCUCGGAGUCUUGAUGCCAUUGCCGCUGCAGCAGCUCCGCUUCGAAGGCCUCGCCGUGGGCCCUCGGCGAAGCUCGCAAUUAUUCUCAUAAGUGUUGUCUUGCUUGCCAUUGCGGCUGAGCUUUGGAUCAUGAGUAUGCCACAAGUACCGCUCCUGAUUGACAAGCUCUACUUUGCGGUGGCUUUGGCAUUUCAGCUGAUGAUGGUGCAAGGGACUCUGAUCUUUCAUGCAACUAUGGCUCGGGGCCAAAGAGAAGUUCGCGUCCUUUCUGGCAGUGGUUGCUUGUGGUUUAUUGGCAGCGACGACAUGCGCGGUGAGUGGCUUUUCAGCUCGUCAGCUGGUCGGCACCUGCUUCGCUGUGGGGAGCCUUGGCCAGCGGAAGCAGGCGACCCUCUGAGGAUCACGGAAACGGAGGCAGGGUCUCGGCGAGUGGACUUGUCGCUGGAGGUGAGUGGCGCCUCAGCCGAUGUUGAUGCUUGGAAGGCGUCCUUCUUUUCCGAGCUCAAUGACUGCUUGAUCACCCGGGCAGAGGCCGUUGCCCUCGAAGAGGGCGACACGAGCAUGCUCAGCCCCCAGUGCGAGUGGGAGGACCCUCAGGGUCUCAGGGCCUCCUCGGCCGCUGCUGCUACAGAGCUGCCAUUCAUGCGGAAGAUGCGGAAGCAAACAAAGCACGUUGCCAGGAGAUGCGAGCAGUGCAGGCCACCCGGAUGA